AUGUCAAUUUUACAUAUAUUAACAUUUAUUGGAUGGCUUUUUACCAAUAUUGAAUUUAGUAUUACUCAAAGAUACAAUUGGCCGUAUAAAGAACAGUCAGUUUAUAAAUUAUUAAAACCCGCAUCGUUGACAACAAUACCCAAACAUCCACCAAUUAUUUAUGUCGCUCCGCCUAUUUUAAAAUCAUCUGACAAAAAAACUCGCCGCAAAGAAUCUAAAGUCAAUUACACGGAUUAUCCAAUGUACUCAUUUAAUUACGGUGUAACUGACGGUUAUACGGGUGACUCAAAGUCAGCUUGGGAAGAAAGAAAUGGUGAUGCUGUACGUGGUAAGUACUCGGUAGUCGAAGCCGAUGGAUCUAUUCGUACAGUAACUUAUACAGCAGACGAUAAAAAUGGAUUUAAUGCCGUGAUCACUCAAUCAUUCGCUCAUUUAAAAUUAUGUGCAUUAAAAUUAAAAUAA